UUGUCUCAGUGCAGGUCUCCGCUGGCUGGCGCCCCCUCCCCGGGCGCCCCCUCCGCCCCCUCCCUCGCCCCGGCCGGCCCUCCCCUUCGUGUACCAUUUCCCGCGGUGUUCCACUCCGCCCCCCGACUCGUUUUUAUCAGGGGCGCCGCCGUCUCACCUAGUAUUUGCAUCUCGCCCUCCAACUUGCCAUUGGUGGCGCGACGUGUGGGAGAGCCCUGCGCCUCGCCCGCCCGGACCAGCCUGCCCUGGCGCCGAGGUUGCCCCUGCAGUUGGCCCAGCCCAGCAUGCAGCCUUGAGCUUGGCAUAAGCCACCACUCACUCCAACUUUCUACGUGUCCUUCUGUGGCUCAGCGGAGACUCUCACCUCAAGGUACCUGAACAGCAUCUCUUUAUCAAGAAAGUGCUGCAGCUACAGAGAGCCCGGGAAAUCCCGCUGUCGGCUCUGCUCUGGGAGAAAACAGUAUGGCUAUUACCCUGCAACCCAGUGACCUGAUCUUUGAGUUUGCAAGCAACGGGAUGGAUGAUAUCCACCAGCUGGAAGACCCUUCAGUGUUCCCGGCUGUGAUCGUGGAACAGGUACCCUACCCCGAAUUACUGCACCUGUACUCAGGACUGGAGCUGGACGACGGUCACAAUGGUGUCAUAACAGAUGGGACCUUGUGCAUGACACAGGAUCAGAUCCUGGAGGGCAGUUUUUUGCUGGCAGAUGACAAUGAGGCCACUUCACAUACCGUGUCAACCACUGAAGUCUUACUGAAUGUGGAAUCUCCUAAUGAUAUCCUGGAUGAGAAGCAGAUCUUCAGCACCUCUGAAAUGCUUACAGACUCAGACCCUGCUGCAGCCAUCACUCUGCCCAACUACCUGUUUCCUGCCUCUGAGCCCGAUGCCCUGAAUGGGGCUGGUGACCAGGAAGAUCAUUCUCUGGAGGGAAGGGUCUCCAGAGAGGAAAGUUCUAAGAAGACUGGAAAAUCAAAGAAAAGAAUCCGGAAGACAAAGGGCAACCGCAGUACCUCACCUGUCACUGACCCCAGCAUCCCCAUCCGGAAGAAAUCAAAGGAUGGCAAAGGCAGCACCAUCUAUCUGUGGGAGUUUCUCUUGGCGCUUCUACAAGACCGAAACACCUGUCCCAAGUACAUCAAGUGGACCCAGCGAGAGAAAGGCAUCUUCAAGUUGGUGGACUCCAAAGCUGUGUCCAAGCUGUGGGGAAAGCAGAAAAACAAGCCUGACAUGAACUAUGAGACAAUGGGGCGGGCCCUAAGAUAUUACUACCAAAGAGGCAUCCUGGCUAAAGUGGAAGGGCAGAGGCUGGUAUACCAGUUUAAGGAGAUGCCCAAGGAUCUGGUGGUGAUUGAAGACGAGGAUGAGAAAAGUGAAGCUCCAGCAGCACCGCCACAGGCCUCCACUUCCUCCACUUCCUCCACCAACACCACCCGGAGGGCCAGCUCCAGGGUCUCAUCCAGAGCUGCCACCCACGGCAAGGGCAGCCCUUCCUGGGAGAAGCCAAAGGUUCAGCAUGUAGGUCUGCAGCCAUCUGCGAGUCUGGAAUUGGGACUGUCUCUAGACGAGGAGAUCCCCACUACCUCCACCAUGCUUGUCUCCUCACCAGAGAGCCAGACCAAGAUCACCAAAGCCGUGAGUACUUCUUCAGUGCCCAGCAACAUCCACCUAGGAGUGGCCCCUGUGGGGUCAGGCUCAGCCGUGACCCUGCAGACCAUCCCGUUGACCACAGUGCUGACCAAUGGGUCUCCUGCCAGUACUACUGCUUCCACUCAGCUCGUUCUCCAGAGUGUUCCUCCUGUGUCAACGUUCAAAGACACCUUCACUUUGCAGGCCUCCUUCCCCCUGAACACCAGUUUCCAAGAGAACCAGGUGGCAGCACCAGGGACCCCCCUGAUUCUUAGUAGCCUCCCCCAACUGCUGGCUGGGGCCAAUCGUUCAACCAACCCAGCACCACCCUCGGCCACAGGUGCUGGACCAGCGGGGCCCAGCUCUCAGCCCCCUGGGACUGUCAUUGCUGCCUUCAUCAGGACUUCUAGCACCACAGCAGCCCCUGGGGUCAAGGAGGGGCCACUGAGGUCCUCCUCAUAUGUGCAGGGCAUGGUGACUGGGGCUCCCAUGGAGGGGCUGCUGGUUCCUGAAGAGACCCUGAGGGAGCUUCUGAGAGAUCAGGCUCAUCUUCAGCCACUUCCAACCCAGGUGGUUUCAAGGGGUUCCCACAAUUCGAGCCUUAUGGGAAACCAGACUUUCUCUUCCCCUAGCCGCCCCACUGUUGGGCUGACCCCUGUGGCUGAACUUGAGCUCUCCUCAGGCUCAGGGUCCCUGUUUAUGGCUGAGCCUAGUGUGACCACAUCUGGGAACCUGCUGACUAGAUCCCCAACCCCAGCCUCCUUCUCCCCAUUCAACCCCACCUCCCUCAUUAAGAUGGAGCCCCAUGACAUGUAAAGGAAGGCAUCACCAGUGUGACCCAUCAGGUGAAGCUGAGCAGCAUUUUCACACAGACUGACUUAAGUAGUGUACUUGCCCUUACAUUUCAGUGGGAUUCAUUACACCUGAACCCCAGUCCCCCGGCCCUACCUGGCAUCACCAUGGCCAAGCUAUGCUCACUUUGAGCAUCCCUGGCAGCAGACCAUGGCCUUCAGGAGCACUAGGGGAUAUGCUCUUGGCAGGAUAUUGGGCUGACUUGGUGAUAGAGGGAAAACCCCUAAGCCAGGGAGAAAUUUGGGGCCAGGGCAUGGGGGGUUUGUGAGAAGAGUCUGGCCUGACUGCGUCUCACUGUCUACAUUCCCUAUGCAGGGAAUUUAAUAUCCCGUAUGUGAAUAUCUCUGUAUGUAUUUGUGUGUACUUGGGGUUCUGUAUCUUCCGUUUUGGGGGGAAGAUGGGGGUAUAGCUGUGAGGUCUUCAAGGGGUGGUGUGUUCCUCCAAGGGUCAACCACAGAGAUGGGGAUUUUUUUUAAAGGAAAAGAAUUCUGUAAUUACCUGUUCAAGCCAAGAUUUGGUUGCUCUGAGACUAUAGGGUACUGGUUGGGUCCCCCAAACCUGGAGAGAUGUCACAGAGCUGGGAUGGGUCCAGGUAGGAGAGCUUCAGUGGGUCUGUGUGUUGCAGAAGAAACAUGCCUAGGGGACAAGAAGGCUGAGUGGGAUUGGACAACAAAUGAAGAAAGAGAAGAGAACUCAGCACUGGAUGUGACCCCCACAGGCUAGACCAAGACUCUUUUCCUAGAGUUUGCCACAUUGCCUGCCAAAGUCAUCGAUGCUGGCAGGUGGCAAACUUGCCACCUCAAAGUGCUUUGCUGAAGGAUUAGUCAGGGAAAAGCACACCUCUAGAGUCAGACCCAGCUACAGGGUCUCCAGUCAGGACUGGGUUGGUUGAAUGUUUGUGCCCAGGACUUGAGCUGUUGGUGUAAUACCAUCCUUCCACCAGACAACAGCCUCCUCUGGCACACCACCCUAGUGCCCCAUCCUUGGUUCCUUCUAUAUUACUUUUGACCCUGAGAUUUUUCUAGCUGUCAGGCAUUGCUGGGGCUAGUCAGUAGACAGCCCAGCCUGGGCCUGCCUCCAUUCCUGCCUGUGGGCGUGUGCUGUGUAGUGCCUGCUCUGCAGUCUCUGCUGCCCGUCCUGCCCUCUCACCUCAGAGGUGUGCCAGCCCACUCCCACAAUGCCUACCACAGACCUCCGGUGGGCUACUGCUCUUCAUUUCCAACUUUUUGCACCUAAUGCUGAUUCCUUCUUCACCGAGAAGACAGGAGCCAGCAGGCAUGAGUUAUCUCCACAUGGCUCCCUUUCUCUUUCUGAGGCUUGGGUGCCCUUCCCUUCUUUCUUCUUUGAAUCCACUUGCCACUCCUGCCAAGUUUGGGGGCAAAACUAAGAAAUGCCUGGAAGCAACUCUGGUGAAUUUGGUUAAUGUGAAUCAGUGCCUCAGGACUUUUGCUCCGUCCUCGGCACAAAACCACCCACUUGAUCUAACUACCUCCCCUGGCUGCUCUUCUCUCUUUCCUGUCCUUAUUCUCUCCCACUCGCUUCUUCCCCAGAGAGGUGGCCAUGCAAGUGCAUUUACUAUGUUUCUAGCAGUUGGCAUUGAAGUGCCUUUUUCUAAUAAAAUCAGCUUAUUAUGGACAAUUUCCUGAUGGUUGAUAGUGAGCAUUUUAAGAAAGGGUUAUUGUUUAAGAAAAAAUUACACAAAGGCAUAGCAUGGAUUAGGGGUGAUCCUGCCCCUGACUGAAAUGUGGCUUCUACCUGCCCACUCCUGCUCCACUCCAUAGAAACAUGUCAUCUGAAGGUCUUCAGUACCCUAUAGUGAAAUCAAAUAUCUUCUCCACAGUUCUCGUCACAGUAGCUGGGCUCUCCUUCCCCCAACAUCCUUUCUCCAUGCCUGUGCCGGAUCCUUAUCUGACACUUCAAAUGUGGGUGUUCCCCAAGGGUCUUGUCAUUCUCACGGCCUGGCUCUUCUGGGUGAGAAUUAAAUCUAGAACUCCAGUGCCUGCUUUUUCUCCUGAGACCCUGGCUCACAUGUCUAGGGAUAUGCUGAAUGUUUCUCUCCAAAUAUCUGUCAACUCCUCUAUCAAAUGUGGAACUUUAAAUUCUUUCCACACACAAAAUCAAACAAAAGGCCAUCAUGACUUGCCAAUGUCAUGACUUUCUAAGCUUCAAAUUUCAGAGCUAUCUGAUGGCUGUCUUCACUUGACCUUGUCCCCAUCCCGGCUCCUGAAGUCCAGAAGGUUUGCAAUGCCUCUCAAAUCUGGCCUGCCUUCCUUUCACAUUCCCAGAGCCUCCAGUCUGGCUCAUACUACCCAGAGUUCCCCCUACUCCAAACAUCAACACCCUGCUCAGUGUGAUCUGUCUAACCACCUCCCAUCUAUCAGGACACCAAUCCUAUCCUUUCCCCACUAAAAAACCUUCAGUGACUCCUCCUGGUUCACAAGUAGUGGUGAUACUUAACAUAUGUCCCCAAUCCUUUCUAGAUGCCCAGCAUUAAACCUCUAGUUGCUAAUUCAUGAGGCAGUCCAGAGGUCCUGUGGGAAGAAAGUGGGAGUACUUGGAGAGCUCAGAGAAGGAACUCCAGAGGGAUUUUAAGUCUGGUGUCAGCCCCACCUUUGGGCAAAGCCCAAGUCCUUGGCCCUUCACCAUCUGGUCCUAUCUAACUUUCCCAGUCCACUGACACUGCUCCUUCCUCUGCCCCAGUGGAUUGAUCUGUUGGUCUUUGAACAUCCCUCCAUUCAAAAUUUCCCAACUCCAUGCUUUUCCUUUACUGGGUUCUGCUUAAUCCAAAUGCUCUUCCUAUCCCCUAGUACCAACAUGUCUGUCUUCAAGACUCAAUUUCAUGGAAGCCGCCUCCCCAGACCAGCCUAUCAUUGAGUUCUUUUUUUUUUUUAAACUCAUUGCAUUUGCCACUCUUUAGGCAACUGAUCAUGAACAGCCUGUGACGGCUCCUCUAUUACAAUCAGAAACUGUUACUUAAAGCUUCAAUGACCUGAUUCUAUUUAGUCUCCCCAUUCAGUGUAUUCCCUGAUAGGCAGGGGGGACUGUAGCACACAUAGAACAGGGCACACUACAAAGCAGAUAAGCAUCAACAAAUGGUUACUGAUAGAGCUGGUGGGAGAUGGGGACCAAAGUUUUGAGGUAGGUUACCUCUGACCUUCCCACUGCACAGGCACUCACCCCAGGUGCUCCACUGCCCAGGGCCUGCCCUCCCUGGCUCAGUGCCCUCAUGGUACCCCCACCACACCCCCAUCUAAACACCCAAGACUUGUUACUACUUUCAAAGUCCUUUUCCCCUAAAGAAACUUCCCUGUCCAGUUUCUUUCCUACUUAAAGUGUUAAAACAGCUAAUCUGAUAAACUAAUCUGUGCUGGUAUAGUUAUGGGAAAGGGCUAGAGGAGAACCUCAGGAGAGAGGUUCUUUUUAAACAGUUAAAUGACACUUAACCAGUCAUGGGACAACAACAUCCCUGACUUUGCAAUGUUUAAGGGAGUCAGGAGUCAAGCAAUGAUCCUCACCUCCCAGCAGCUGGUGUGUCACCACUUAGUCCUCGCUCCCACAGCACUUUGUAUAUACCUCUUAUUGUAGCACAUAGCACAAUGUAGUUCUUUAAUUAUGUGUUUAUUAUGUAUGUUUCCCCUCCAAUAGACUGUGAGCUCCUCAAGGACAGGGACUGUGUGUUAGUCACUGAUGUAUCCCCCAGCGCCUAGCACAGUGCCUGGCACACAGUAGGUGCUCAAUAAAUGUUUAUUGAAAGGA